AUUUUAGGGCAAGUCGAAACCAAUAGGAGGUUAAAUCUAUCCGAAUUGGUCCAAUCAGAGCGCAGCUUUGAUCAUAGUUCGCCCAGAGAGAUCGCCUACAACGACUGUCGUGUGAACUCACACAUAGUUGAGGAAAUACCAGGCGAAAUAUAUAAGGUUCGGAGUGUGUAUAUAUGUGUGUGAGAGAGAGGGGGUAGGCUGCAUUAGGAGCAGCUAUGGGUGAGAUCGCGGGUACCUUCCGGGCCCUGCAGACCCCUGGCACACGACUUGGGGCUCAGUAUAACACUGGUAUUAGCACUCUGGAGCCCGGGCAGAGCCUCUACUCAUAUAUGGGUGCAGGAGGUAAAGGCUACAGCAAAGGCCUGCAGAUUCGUGUCCAGGGCCUGGAUGGUGCUCAGGAAUUCUUUGAGCUUGAGUCAAAGGCGGAUGGCCAAACUCUUUUAUCUGAAGUGUUCCAACGGUUCAAUCUCAUCGAGAGUGAUUACUUUGGUCUUGAGUUCCAGAACCUGCAGAUGAACUGGGUUUGGAUUGAGCCCACCAAGCUCUUAGUGAAACAAGUCAGACGGCCAAUGAAUACACUCUUUCGGUUGUCAGUGAAGUUCUUUCCUCCAGAUCCUGGUCAGCUUCAGGAGGAGUUUACUAGGUACCUGUUUUCCCUGCAAAUCAAGAGAGAUCUAAUAGACGGCAGACUGAACUGUACAGAAAAUACUGCCGCUCUGCUUACUUCUCAUUUGGUGCAAUCGGAGAUUGGUGACUAUGAUGACUUCGCUGACAGGGAGUUUCUAAAGAUGAAUAAAUUGCUGCCGUAUCAGGACCGUGUACAAGAGAAGAUCAUGGAACUCCACAGCAAACUAACGGGGCAAACACCAGCAGAAUCAGAUUUUCAGGUUCUGGAGAUUGCUCGUAAACUGGAAAUGUAUGGGGUCCGCUUCCAUUCUGCCGCUGAUCGGGAAGGCACCAAGAUCAAUCUGGCUGUAGCUCACAUGGGCCUACAGGUCUUUCAGGGCAACACAAAAAUCAACACCUUCAACUGGUCCAAGAUUCGGAAGCUAAGCUUCAAAAGAAAAAAAUUUCUAAUUAAACUUCACCCAGAAGUUCAUGGACCUCAUCAGGAUACGCUGGAGUUUCUGAUGGCCAGUCGGGAUCACUGUAAGAUUUUCUGGAAGAACUGUGUGGAGCAUCACUCAUUUUUCCGUCUGUUAGAUCAGCCUCAGCCUAAAUCUAAAGCAGUUUUCUUUAGCAGAGGAUCUUCAUUUAGAUACAGUGGGAGGACGCAAAAACAGUUGGUUGAGUAUGUGAGGGGAAGUGGCUCGAGAAGAAAUACCUACCAGAGGAGGAACAGUAAGAUUCGCACGUCGGCUCGUUCCUUAGCUUCUGAUGUUCCAAAACAGAAUCUGUCUUUUAAUGAUAGUUUGAAGGCCCCAGUGUCUCCUUCCUCUGCCACCGCCUCUUUUCACUCCCUGCUUUCCCCCAGCUCACCCAUUCAGGCGAAGACCCCCAACCAGCUCCAGCAUCUCCAGCAGACGCAGCAGCCUGUCAGAGCUCCCAGUCCCAUGAGGCAGGACUCCAUCAAGAUCAACUCCCAAUUCACCUACGCCUUCCCAGAUUCUGCCACUGAUAGUCCACAGCUGUGCUCCUUCAAUGCCAAGGGCCCGCUGUGUCUGUCACCUUCUUUCCAGAUGUCCACCCUCAGUCUUCCUGGGCAAGCACCUUCCCCCCUGCAGAGCCCCAUUCUGAAUGAGGCGGGCAUUGCCAGACUAGAGGAAGAGGAAGAGGGCAGGAGGAAGCGAUAUCCUACAGAUAAAGCCUACUUCAUCGCUAAAGAGAUUCUGAUGACAGAGCGGACAUACCUGAAGGAUCUAGAGGUCAUCACAGUGUGGUUCCGCAGUGCAGUGAUUAAAGAAAAUGCAAUGCCUGAGGGUCUCAUGACCCUCCUGUUCUCCAACAUCGACCCCAUCUAUGAGUUUCACAGAGGCUUCCUCAAAGAAAUCGAACAAAGGCUUGCUCUAUGGGAGGGAAGAUCCAAUGCUCACGUAAAAGGAGAUUGUCAGCGAAUUGGAGAUGUAAUGCUACGUAACAUGUGUGCCCUGAAGGAGUUCACAGGCUAUUUGCAAAAGCAUGAUGAGGUGUUAACCGAGCUUGAGAAGGCAACGAAGCGCGUGAAGAAACUAGAGACUGUGUAUAAAGAGUUUGAGCUGCAGAAAGUUUGCUACCUGCCUUUGAACACCUUCCUCUUGAAGCCCAUCCAGAGACUCAUGCACUACAAACUUAUAUUGGAACGCCUGUGUAAGCAUUAUGCUCCCCAGCACGCAGACUACGACAACUGCAAAGAGGCCCUUAAGGAGGUUGCAAAAAUUGCAACUCAGCUACAGAGCAGUCUGAUUCGACUGGAGAACUUCCAGAAGCUGACAGAACUUCAGAGGGAUCUGAUAGGAAUUGAGAACCUUACAGCUCCAGGAAGAGAAUUCAUCAGGGAAGGUUGUCUCUACAAACUCACCAAGAAGGGUCUACAGCAGAGGAUGUUUUUUCUUUUUUCAGACAUGCUGCUUUACACAAGCAAAGGGGUGACAGCAACCAAUCAGUUCAAAGUUCAUGGACAGCUUCCUCUGCAUGGCAUGAUUCUUAUUGUGUUGGACGCUCCGGUGGAGGAAAGUGAGAAUGAGUGGUCUGUUCCACAUUGCUUCACCAUAUAUUCUGCUCAGAGAACCAUUGUGGUUGCAGCCAGUUCCAAAGUUGAAAUGAACAAAUGGAUCGAAGAUCUAAACAUUGCAAUUGACAUGUCAAAGAAGUCUCCAGAGAAAUCAGAUCUUCUGUUGGACCCCAGCUUGUGCGACCGCUCCAACAGGUCAUCAGAUGAGGUGUCGCUGGAGCAGGAGUCAGAGGAUGACAUGAACUCCUCCCGAUGCUCUCUGGAUAAGCAAAGCCAUCACAGGGCCAACACCACCAUGCAUGUGUGCUGGCACCGCAACACCAGCGUCUCCAUGUCUGACCACAGUCUAGCCGUGGAGAACCAGCUUUCUGGCUACCUCCUGAGGAAAUUCAAGAACAGCAAUGGCUGGCAGAAACUUUGGGUCGUUUUCACCAACUUCUGCCUGUUCUUCUAUAAGACACACCAGGAUGACUUUCCUCUGGCCAGUCUGCCGUUGCUAGGUUACACAGUCAGCACCCCGGGGGAAUCAGAUAGCAUCCAUAAGGAGUAUGUCUUCAAGCUGCAGUUCAAAUCUCAUGUUUACUUUUUCAGGGCAGAGAGCGAGUAUACAUUUGAGAGAUGGAUGGAGGUAAUCAAAAGCGCUGCGAGCUCUACAGGACGCAUAAAUCUGCUUGUACCCAAAGGCCCAGCAGAGAUGAACGAAGGGAGCUAAGUGUAUCAGUCUGAACUCCUGGAGGGGGGCUGGGCCCACUGUCUGCCAGGACCAAACAUUAUUACUCUAUUUUAUUUUUUUCUGUUUUGUGGCUCUGAGAAGCAUCAUAAUCCACAACUGAUUCUGGAUUUUGGACUGUCCGUUAGCUCUCUGCUUGCUGGGGUGUUAAGCUGCUUUUUGAAACCAUGGACCAAAGGAUUUGGUCUGAAAUUUAAGUUGCUCUGUAACUCUGUUUGUCCAUUUUUCUUUCAUUGCUCAUCUCAUAAUUUCAAGGGGUGUCUGCUACUUCUUGAACCAUUAGACUGAAAUAACUCUACUAGAACCACAUUAGACUUAAAAAAGUUAUGUUUGUAUGAUUUCUUUAAGAAUCCAGAAAGAAUUUUGUUAAAAUCACACUUGGGUGUUAUUACUGUAUUCAGGUUUUUAUGGUCUUAAUGAAUCUGUCGUUAGGAUGAUGGUUAAUUUAAUAUUCGGUCCUUAUAAGAAUGGACGACUUAGCCAGUUUGUUCAAUAAAAAUCUAUAGUCCAGAAAAACUCAUUCUGUUUUUUCAAUCAUGUCCUAUGACAACAGUGACUGAAUACUACUGAUGGGAGUGUUUACAUACAGAGGGUCUGUAUUAAGUCAAGUUGGUGCAGCAAGUGAGAUGAAAGACUGUAGUACUGUAUUAGAAAGCAGUAAUGGUGGUCAGAGAACAUGUUUUCAGUCACAGGGAGUUAAGCUGGUAAUAGUUAUUUUUGAAUGACUCCACCCCUUUAUGAAGGGUUAAAGGAAAUAAAUGUUGAUACAGGAAGAAAUCUGAGAGAAAUAGAAAUGUUUUGACAAUGAGGCAGCCAUAUAAUUUAAUUGAAUUGGUUUGCACAUUAUAUUCUGUCCUCUUCCAGCAUAGCUCUGGUUGGGUCAUAUUAUGGUCAAAGCUUAUCUUGAAGGUCAUAAUUUAGUGGAUGUUUAUGUUCUUGAGAAAUUGUCCUUUGCAUAUCUCUCAGCAUUGAUUUUGUUUAAAUCUGAUAUUGUGUUUAAAAUACAGGCCUAAACAAGAGGUAUUUAACCAAGCUAAAGUUUUAAAUUAUUCAUAUUUGCACCGUUUCAUAUCAGUAAUUUUGAAUAUUUGACAGGUAUAAGAAUACAAGGUCUUCUUUUAUAUUGUCUUUUAUUAAGCUUCUGCCACCUAAUCACAGAGAAGAUGAAACCGCUCUAAUGUCAAAGUUUUAUUGAAGAUCAAUGUUAAAGUUAUCAAAAAAAAAAACUAGAAGAAAUAAAUAAACGGUUUUGCUGCACUACUUCAGCCCCAAAAUUCAAAAGUUCUGUUUGGGAGCAAUGGCCUAAAACUUGUUCUUGAAUUCCUGAAUCUUAAAUUCAGGAUUAUUUAUGUAACAACAAUUACACUCCAUUUUAGAUUUUGUUUUGUUAACCAUUUAAUUGAUUGAGAUGUUGUUUCAUUACCCAUUGGUGAACAUGUAACAAAAACAAAGCUUCAUUACAAUGUGUUGCAGUCUUGUUUUGUUUGAGGGACAGUUAUUUGUUUUAUCUUACUAGCAUAAAGAAGCAGUUCCACAGCGUUUGCAAAACCAGUUGUUUUCUUAUUAACUUAAUUUAAUAAUCUUUAAAACAUUUGUUUACUUUGUCUGAUUUGGGGACUUUUUCUGACUCUUUUUGGAUUAUUGAUUGUAUUUAUAAGUUUUUUUUUUACAUUUUGGUAUUGUCCCUUGUCUACAUGCUGUAAAAGGGUAAAGUCAAAGACCAGAGUUAGUCAGCCAUAUAUUAAGCAGUGUUGCUUUGUGUACCUAACAAUAUACUGAAUGCAGCUAUCAUCUCGACAUAAGCCCAGCUAGCUAUGUGUUUAAAUUCCAUCUUAAUUCAGAAAUGGAAAUAUACUGUGGGCUUAUGGUCUCCACCCAUUUUUGUAAAUUUUAUGAAGGGACUGGAAUUUUGUUUCUUUUUCCUGUAUAUGACAUUAACAUGAAUGAAUAACCUGGAUUGCUAAACAUGGGAAAAAGUUUACUCAAAGACCUCAGUUUCCCAUCUCAUUCAGAGAAACUAACAGAAGCCCUUCUCUUUGCUCCCACUUUAAUGUUACUAUUUAUUGUGUAGCAUGUUGCUGAGGCAUUGCUCUUAUACACACUGCAUGUAGUAUGUUCUAUGUUAUUACAUUGAAAGGAUAUCAAAUAAAACUGAACUAUAUAAACAUU